CUGAAACAGAGGAAAGCCACCGAAUUUGAAAGCGAAAACAUUAGCUUACCUUAGCCGAAGCUAACCCGGUUAAUCAUUUACCCGCCGACUCGAAGUGAUCUGUCUGUUUAACACGAAUAAUGAGGAAUGUGAAUGUUUUUAUACACAUUUUAAUUAUAGUAUGGGCUGGCUGGCGAAGUGUAGAAGGAAACAGGGAUUAUUCAUACGCAGACUGUACGUAUGUGAAAGGGGACAGUGCACACUCAUAUUCUGGCAGUAGAUGCUUUUGUUACAGCCCUGGUACUGUCAUCAAAUGGAAAGACUGCUGGUCCACCUUCAAGGUGAACGUGACUAGCGACGAGAAUGUCUUCAUCCUGUUUCCCAUGAAGACCAGAAAUUGUCAGCAUCCGGAUGAUUUCCUUUCAGUAACUAAUUGCUUUGUUGAGCACUAUUGGCCAUCCACGAUCCAAAGAGAGAAAGCUCUGGAUAUUCCUUUGGUUAAUGAAGAUGUCUGUUUCAUGACCAAAUCACCUAGAAGCAACACUGAGUACACACUGCAUGUGUCACACAAAAGGUUAAAUAAAAUGCGCUUCCUGCUUUUUAUCUUUGGACUCGUGCUGUUUUUAGGAGCAGUAUCCCUAUGCAGGAGCUCUCUGCUUUUCUACACCACCGGAGUUUCAUUGGGAAUCAUCGCCAUAUUUGUCUUUCUCAUGCUUAUCUUCAGAAACUUCGUACCGAAGCAAGGGCUGUUCCUGGUGUGGUUGGGUUCGGGGUCGAGUUUUUCCUACAUGGGGAUCCAGCAGGUGUUAAAUGAUUGGGAUGACAUCGUAACCGAACAUUGGAUGGAAUUGCUGGGAUAUGUGUUGAUAUCAGGCCUGGUCAGCUUUGCUGUAUGCUACAAACUCGGACCUAUCACCAACAAACACACCUUAGGCUUCAUGACCUUGUGUAUGCAAGCAGUAGGCAUUGUGUUGCUUUAUCAUGGGAUCAGUUAUCCCACAGCGUUCUACAUACUGCUUACUUUACUGUUGUUCAGGAAGAUUCUGCACUUUGUCCGGAGCAUCCUGGUGGGAAUGUUCAGGCUCUUCUGCUUUUUACCGUGCUUGUUCGGGAGGAAGAAUCGACCCAGAAACAGACUGCUGACUGAGGAAGAGUACAGAGAGCAGGGGGAGAGACACACUAAAGCCUGUUUGGAUGAACUGAGAGAGCACUGUAACAGACCUGGGUUUCCUGCAUGGGACACUGUGCUGAGGGUCAGAUCACCACAAAUGUUAGCAGAGUUUUUGCGCAGCGGCUGCCAUGUCACUCCCGAGGAGCUUCAGAGUUACGAGAGUCAUUAUGGUCUUGGAGGGGAGUAUCACGAGGGCAUGCUGUUUAACAGCAGCUCCAGCGAUGGCCAGAUUGCAGAGGAGGAGAGCAGCCAUGAAGAGCUGCAGCAAAACUAUACUCCGACCCCUAACAACCUCCCCGGACCCUCUGAAUGCACCCCGUCUGUUUGCCCGUAUCCCCCUGUAAACUACAGCCCUCAGCCAGAGCCCAUGGAUGCUGAAGACCAGGACUUCUUCUGAUUGAUUCAUUUUUAUAUUAGAUUUUUAUAUCUUUUAAUCCCUAAUGUCAUUAAGAAACCAUGACUUUAAGAAACUUGAGUCCGAGAGGAGUGUAAAAUAAUUUUUCAUGCAUUUGUGUAUUUAAAAAUGAUGGAUAGCGGUGGACUUCAAUUUCUAUUCUUACUCACAAGCGAUACAGAAGUAUUUCCCAGUCCUGGUCCUGGAGGCCCCAUUUCAAUGUUUUCCCUUGUUGACAGCACCAAAUGAAUUAUAUCUGACUUGUGAGAUUAGUAAAACACAUUUGUAACGUGUUUUGUUCGGGUAUUCCAGAAUCAUGAUUUGGAAACACUGUCAUACAAAGUUGGGAUUUAUUACCACUGUAUUGUACUUUUAUGUUAAUUUAAAAAGCUGUUUAUCUCAGGUAUAUAAGACCAUCUGGACAACCUAGUACUUACUAAUACGUUUUUUUAAAACAGUUAAAAAAUGACUCAUGAGCUAUAGUGAUAAUUUGUUAUGUAAGGAAACACUGCCUUCUAGUGUCUGGUGAAGUUAUAGUUCACCUAAAUUUUUUAUCAUUUCUCACAAUCAUGUUCCAAACCUGUAUAAAGUUAUGAAAGAUACUGUCAAGACAUAAAAUGAUAUAAAAGCACCAUGUAUGUAUAAAAAAGUCAAUAUGAGCUUAGUGCUAUUGACAUCGCUGCUUCUACAUUUCAGCACAUCAUAAAUUCUUCUUAAACUAAACUUGUAUGCUACAGUCACACAGGUUUGGAAAUAAUGUAAGAGUACAUUUAAAUUUGAGUGAUCUGUUCUGUUCACAGACAUACAAACCUGCAUUGGACCAAGAGUGAAUGUUCAUGUAUGAAAAUAUUUGAUGUUUUUAUAAACUGUAAAUUUGACUUAGUUUUUACUUAUUCUUAUAUUGUUAUUUUAAUUAAAGACAAAUGCCUCUUAGAAGUCUCAGUAAGAAACUUGUGUUGCCGUGUCACAUGUAAAACCUUUUUAAGGGUCAUUCAUACACAAAAAUGCAGAUAUACAUU